AUGGAUCAAACAGCGCAAAACCGACGACCAGGACGACCUCGAAUUUAUAUUAAUGACGCUGAACGCCAAAGGAGUCACCGCCUUAGAGAGACUUCACAGCAGCGCAGUAUCCGUUGGCAAGCAAACGCAGAGCAACAACGACGGAGGCGACAGAACGAAAACGAGGAGCAACUUUUGGUCAGACGCUCAGCUAAUGCAGCGCUUCAGGAAAAUAGACGCCAAAGCGAAGACGUUGAAGAGCGUUUUGCUCGGCAGAUGGCAAAUGCAGACCGCCAGCAAAGAAGACGCCAAAGUGAGAACGAUGGCCAGCGGUCUGCAAGACUACUGGAGAACUCACAACGCCAGCAAAGGAGACGCCAAAGUGAGAACGAUGAACAGCGAUCUGCAAGACUUCUGGGGAACUCACAACGCCAGCAAAGGAGACGCCAAGGUGAGAACGAUGAACAGCGGUCUGCAAGACUUCUGGGGAACUCACAACGCCAGCAAAGGAGACGCCAAAGUGAGAACGAUGAACAGCGGUCUGCAAGACUACUGGAGGACUCACAACGCCAGCAAAGGAGACGCCAAAGUGAGAACGAUGAACAGCGGUUUGCAAGACUACUGGAGGACUCACAACGCCACCAGAGGCUACGACAAAAUGAGAACGAUGAGCAGCGAUCUGCCAGACUGCUGUCAAAUGCUCAACGUGAACAAAGGCGGCGCGAAAAUGAGAGUUCUGAGCAACGUUCAGCAAGACGCCCUGCAAACGCUGAGCGCCAACGAUUGCAACGACAGAAUGAACCAGAAGAACAGCGCGCUGAACGCUUACGCAACGACUCUGAAAGACAUAUUCGCCGUAAUGCCGCUCCUGAAAUGACAGGUUUAGCACUGCGUUCUCGCAUCACGGAUGUGAACUACCUUGGAGCACUAGAAAAUCGCUGUUCAAAUUGUGGAGCUUUGCACUUCGCCUUUGAAGUGAAGCGACAGCAUCCGUACAUUUUUUCUGAUUGCUGUGACCGAGGGCGAUUCAACUUGAAUCUGUUUGAGGAGUUUCCAGAGCAAUUAAAACAGCUCUUUGUGCGAGAUAGAGCGGCUCCCACAGAGAUGACGCACCGUCAGCGCAACUUUCUUGAAAAUAUAAGAGCAUUCAACUCUGCUCUCGCGAUGGCUUCGAUGGGGGCUCAAGUUGACACAAUUUCUGGAAGGGGGCCAUAUUGUUACCGAAUUCACGGGCAAAUCUAUCACCGACUGGGUGCGCUUCAUCCUCACCAAGGGGAGCAACGUCAAUUCGGUCAAAUAUAUAUUCUAGACACUGAAAUGGCUGCCCAACAGCGCCUUGGGAAUAUGCGGAAUUCGGACUGCAACCCUAACCUCAUGCUGUUUUUGAGUGAAUGGUUUGCGCGUAACAAUGUCUACGCUCAAUCGUUUAAAAUGAUGAGCGAAUUGGAGCAAAUGGAAAUAGCGGCAGCCCAGCGAGAAAAUCGGCAAACCAUACCAAUUCGCAUGGUAUUCGAUGACAGCAGAGAGCGGGGUUUUGCAAGAGGAGAGUACGCUAUUCCUACUGCAAACGAAGUAGCAGUCGUAUACGUGGGUGAAGAAAACGACGUUCCUGCAAGAAGGAGUCUUGCGGUCCAUGUUCGACAGGCUGCAGGAUCAAAGUUGAUGAACAUCAGUGACAUAGAUAAACGAUGCGAUCUUCUCACGUACCCACUGCUCUAUUAA